AUGGCCUCGGCCGGUCGCUCCUCUUCCGCUCGUCGUUUCCUCAAACCACUCCUUUAUUCUGGUACCGCAAUCGCUGCGGCUGGCGGCGCCGUCUUGUACCUCUCCUACCGUCCCAUAAACGUACCUGGCUCUCAGGGCGCCAUCGUCCCCAUUCCGAGAACAGAAGAUGGCACCAUCAUCCCUCCAAAGUUCCCCUUGAUUAAACCACGCGCUGAACAGAUUUCCGACCUGAGGAAGAGUGGUGGACUGGUGGGUGCCGCGCCAGAGACGCCCCUCCGGCAGCAAUUGAAGAAUAGUUUAGACCGAUUAAGAGGCGCAACGAGCGAUAAUAGAGACAUAACCUUACCUGCGGAACAAGAAGCUGGGGAGCCGUAUGACCUCUUGGUCAUUGGUGGAGGGGCUACAGGCUCUGGGAUUGCCUUGGACGCAGCCACUCGCGGUCUUAAGGUCGCUCUUGUCGAGCGCGAUGACUUCGCUGCUGGAACAAGUAGCAAGAGCACGAAACUAGUGCACGGCGGCGUACGGUACCUCGAAAAGGCUUUCUGGGAGCUGGACUACAACCAGUAUGCACUGGUGAAAGAAGCCCUGCGCGAGAGGAAAUAUUUUCUUGACACGGCCCCUCAUCUGUCAAUGUGGCUCCCUAUCAUGAUCCCUUUGCAGAAAUGGUGGCAAGCACCCUAUUUCUGGGCAGGUACGAAAUUAUACGACUAUCUCGCAGGCAGUGAAGGCAUCGAAACUAGCUACUUCUUGACCAAGAGCAAGGCCUUGGACGCUUUUCCAAUGUUGAAAAAGGAGAACCUGGUAGGAGCGCUGGUGUACUAUGAUGGGGCUCACAACGACAGCCGCAUGAACAUUUCUAUUGCGGCCACAGCUGCGCUCUACGGUGCAACGGUGGUCAACCAUAUGGAAGUUACCGGCUUGACCAAGGACCAGAACGGCAAGCUGAAUGGUGCUGUGGUCCGAGAUGUGAUUGCCGAGAAGAAUGGCAAACCGACGUCGCCUUUCACCAUCCGCGCCAAAGGUAUUAUAAAUGCAACGGGCCCUUUCUGCGACUCCAUACGGAAGAUGGACGACCAAAACGUCCAGGAAAUUGUCGCCCCUAGCUCAGGUGUCCAUGUGGUGCUUCCGGGGUAUUACAGCCCACAGCGAAACUCAAUGGGUCUGAUCGAUCCUGCGACGUCCGAUGGCCGUGUCAUCUUCUUCCUCCCGUGGCAGGGCAACACCAUCGCUGGCACCACCGAUGCCCCAUGCAAUAUUACUCAGCACCCGAUUGCGGGGGAGGAAGAGAUUGGCUGGAUUCUGAAUGAGAUCAAGGGAUACCUGUCUCCCGACAUCAACGUCCGACGUGGAGAUGUUCUUGCUGCCUGGUCCGGGAUUCGCCCGCUGGUCAAAGAUCCCAAAGCAAAGAAUACCGAGUCGCUCGUGCGGAAUCAUCUUGUGACUGUCUCGGCAUCGGGACUGCUCACUUGUGCUGGUGGUAAAUGGACAACAUAUCGUCAAAUGGCAGAGGAUGCGGUUGACGAAGCCAUCAACCAAUUUAGGUUGCAGACGAAGCCCUUGACAACACCGAGGAGGAUCAGCGGAACUGAAAAGAUGGACGACGCAGCCCCGCUUGAUGGGACAUGUCAAACACACCAAGUAAGGCUUGUUGGUGCUCAUGGAUUCUCCAAGACUCUGUUCAUCAACCUAAUCCAACAUUUUGGUCUCGAGACCGAAGUGGCGAAGCAUCUUGCGGAGGCAUAUGGCGACCGUGCGUGGACGGUGGCAGCACUCUCAAGCCCGACUAACGAGAGGUUCCCAGUCAGAGGAGAACGUAUUUCUGCGCUGUACCCAUUUAUAGAUGGAGAAGUACGGUACGCAGUAAGGCACGAAUUUGCGCAACGAGCGGUGGAUGUGAUUGCACGAAGGACAAGAUUAGCUUUCCUAAACGCCCAGGCUGCGUUGGAAGCGUUACCGAAGGUUAUCGACUUGAUGGCUGAAGAGUUAAAGUGGGACAGCAAGAGGAAAGACGUCGAGUGGAAGGAAAGCGUUGCCUUUCUCGCCUCGAUGGGCCUUCCACGAAGCAAGUUGAAUGUCUCUAGGAGAGAUGUUGAGAGUGGCAAAGCCGGAUUUGCCGACGAGUAUGAGAGGAAGCUCUAUUCGAGAUAUGAUGGUCCAGCGGAUACGCUUGAGAGUGACUCGAAAUUGAGGCCCGGACAAAAUCCAGUCCUGGGACAGGAAUCGCCCGCCAACAAGUAG